CGUAUCUCGAGGACACGCACAAGAAUGUAUUUUAUAUUUUGAAACAGGUGUUGCGGGUCAGGCGCAUGGGAGUGGCAUUUAAGCUGAGGUUGACCUUUUUGGGACCCGCGAAAAGCAGAGGGCGGUGGCUCAAGGAUAACCCUCCAGACAGGAUUGUGAUGCUCCCGCGUGCUACCUACCGCCGGAGGAGGUGUAGUUCUACGGAGACGUGGUUUGUGUGGGAGACAAGAGGGUGACAGAACGAGCACACCAGACCUGCUCUUUGCUUUUCCUUCCCUGACGAAGGUCUUUGACACGUACUUGGGAUUUGAGGUUGCAUCGUUUGUGCGUUUGUUGUGUUUGCUGACCAGUGUAGGAUAUGGGCGGACCGCCUCCUCUGGCGUAUUGCAGGACCCCGAUGAUUUGAUAUCAAGUAUA